AGUCAGCCCAUUUACGCGUGUCCUCUAUGUAUCGCUCAAUGACGAGCAGCGAAGCAGCCCCAGCUGCCGACAGCAUUCUUGCCCGAACCGUUCAUUGUCGAGGAACCGACUAAGUGACCUCUGCGCAUCGGCCCGCAUGGCGACCAUCUCUGGGUCGUCGAACCGCAGGAUGGCGGCCCGCAUGCACUCGGCAAACUCAGCUGGCGAGUCGCACAGGAAGCCAAUCUGCCGGCCGUCGUUGAGCGACGGGUUGAGAAUGUCGUCUCGCGGGCCGCCCGAGUUAUGAGCGAUGACCACCAGGCCGGCGGCGAGGAACUCGAUGAGCGAUAUGCCGAAGUGCUCGCUGACCAUCGUGUGCACGGCCGCCUUUGCCUGGUGGAGAUCGUGGAUCAGUGUGUCCAUGGGAGCGUUGAGGUGGAAGUGAACCCGGUCGUCAACACGCCUCUGCCGACACAGUGCCCGCAGCUGGCUCACAAUCCGCUCGUCGGCCUCGUUGCGCGUCGACCCAUAAAGAUGCAGCUCAGUGUCCUGGGGAAGAUGCAGCUCAGUGUCCUGGGGAAGCGGCGGGCUGUCACUGUCAGCCAACAGGCGCGCGAAGGCCUCGACUUGCAGUUGGUGGUUCUUCUCUGGCCGGAACUGAGCCACAGACACAAUGCGAUUCCGCCGGCUGUGCUGCGGCUGCGGCUGCCCUUUCUGCGGCUGCGGUGGCACUUUGAAGGCCGCCAGGUCGCAUGGCGGGUAAACAACCUUGACGGGGACGCCCCAAAUGUGUUCGAUGUGCCGCUGGGUCCAUCCUGAGUUGACAACACAUCGGUCGGCACACCUGCCUGCCCAGCCGUAGAGCCCGGCCAUGAGCCGGUAGUAGGCCACCUUGCUGCGGGUUAGGGCCUGCGAGGCGGCGAUGAAGGCCGCGUUGUUGUAGGCAGCCGUGCGAGAGGCCACAAGAGUCAGCAUGUCGGUGCUGAUCGUCGGAUAAUGCACAUAAGCCGACACCUACAUCCACACAGAACAGGUAGGUGCUCAGUCGAUGAGUGACUGAUGCGGGGGGCGUGCGUGUGGUCGUCUGGUGUGUGUCGGUCCACCAGUGCACUUACUUUGCAUCCGGCGAGGUACUUGGCCACCGGGAAUGAGAAGGCAAAGCCCGUGGUGUCGACAAACACCGAGGGGCAUCGCUGCAGCAGGGCCCGCAGGGCGAGCAGUGCCGAGCCAGCGCUCUGCCCCAGCAGAGUGAACCUGGGGUAGCUCCGCGCCUCCACCAGCCAGAUCCACCCCACCCUCACAAACCUGACGCGCGCACACACACACACACACACAGAUCGGUUAGUGUUUGUCCAUCGCAACACUCAUCCACCCAUUCCACCCUACUCGAUGUGUGAGCCGAAUGCCGUCACAUCGAUGCCAAAUCGCUUCUUGACAUGACCAAGGAUGUCAGCUGACGAGGCCGGGCUGUGUGUGUAGAUCAGCACGGGGCGGGAAGUCUUGGCUUCAGCCUGAUCCUGAUGCUGGCAGACGGCUUUGACAAUGCACCACAGGACGCGCUCACCGCCGCCUCCCUGGUCGCAGUAGGGAUGGAAGAACCCAACUGCGUUGCGCCGCCGCGUCAGACCGCACCAGAGGCGAAUGGCCACGACGGCGGCUGCACAGAUUGAUAAUGCCACGAUGACAGCGUCGAUGAGGAUCUUCAAGAGCAUCUCUUUGCCCCAGCAGCAGCAGCAGCAGCGGUUUCCCGCACGGCAGGAGCGAUCUU